AUGCCUGACGACAAAAAAGCAAAAUCUAAUGAGAACUCGCAAGUAGCGAGUAAUCAACCAACAAAUGAAACAAUUGGUAGUAGUGAAUUUACUACAACAACAGGUUCUUAUCCAAUUCGUUUACCAAACCAUCCUCAUCGUCCAUCAGGUGGAUUUAUUCUUGAAAAAUUUAAAGAUUUUUAUGAUUAUUAUUGGCAUUAUUAUCGUUGGGCACCAACACGUAUUGCAGCACGAUUUUUAUGGAGUGAUAGUGGAUGGGAAUAUUUAAAAGAAUUUACAUCAACAGGCAUGUGGUCACUUGAUGUUGAUGCACCAAUUCCUCAACGUUUAGCAGCUGGUCUUGGUUUAGGUUUAAAAGCAUCCGUAUUUAUAUAUGCUGUUCGUUAUCAUAAUCUUCGUACUCGAUAUCAAAUUCCUGCUAAUGCUGCUAUAUUUCGUGCACUUCGUCCAUGUGCAUUUUUUACUGCAUCAUGUCUUAUUUAUUGUGGUUCAUGGCCAAUUGUUCGUGCUUUACGUGGUUAUCAACAAACAGAAACUGGUCGUGAUAUUGAUGCAGCACUUGUUGGUGGAUUAUCAGGUGUUUUAAUAACAGCAAUGUGGAUAAGAAAUUCUCGUUUUGUUGGAAUAUCAAUUCCAAUGGCAUAUAUACUUGGAGGAAUAUCAGUUGGUCUUUAUAAUGCAACUCAUGCUGGUUAUGUAACCAAUGUCAAUGCACGUGCUGGUUGGUGGGAUAUACAUCAUUGGAGACGUGGAAAUCCAUUUUUUGGACCACCAUAUGAAGAACGUUUAGCUAAAUUUAAGGCCCAACUUCAAAAUGCUAAAUAUAAAGAAUAUGUUGACACAUCAAUUAAAACACGUUGGUGA